AUGUCUAGAGGAAAUUCUGUGUUUGAACCGAGACGGAAUUUUGACAAGCCGUCAGAUCUUUUUCCACUUCGACUGCUGAUGGAAGGUGACUCCUGCUUCCUGGAUCCUCACAUUUUUGAGUUGGAGAUUGUACUCUACAGGCCGGCACCUGAGGAGGGUAAUAUGCCCCUUUUCUUUGACACCACCGCAUGCCUUUUUAGUGAUCAUGGCGGUCAGACAGAUUAUGUAGGUGUUGGGCGCGCAACAACGAACAACAAGGGUCUUUCACGUAUUCCUCAUGCCGUAGUUAAGGUUGACUCAGAUUCGGUGUGUUCCAGGAAUUUUUUGGAACCUGCUGGGGGACCUAGUGUCAUAGCAGGUGAUGGUGUUAGUGUGAACCUGAAACGACUGACAAUGUGGGGAGGGUUUUCUUUGUGCACGACACUUUUUACAGGAGAUGCGAACCUUACUGAGGUAUCCGAUGCGUAUUAUGCAGUUAGGAAGCCCAAGUCCCAGAUACCAUUGGUAGUUGUUCCCAUAACAGUGAUAAAUCCUUCUCAGAAUUCAUGUGUCGCAUUAAUGGUACGUAAGAUGAAGGGAAAUGCCAAGACAGUUUGGGAACUUGUCAGAAUUGGCGAGCCAAUUUUUCAGCAGGAUGUCAAGGGUGUUUUGGCCACUCUGAGAAGACGGGGUCUGGUGACUCCCACCGGCUACCGUUUGCUUCCCCUGCAUGGGCCAGAUUACAGCGCUAAGGACGGUAGCGAAGGCAGUUUUUCAUUUGACGAUGAUGAUGAUGAGGAAGAUGAUGUUGAUGCUGUAUGUAGCUCCAUCGGUGAUGAGAGCGAAAGGUUUGAGAAUCUGCUUGUGAACGUGCCACCUGUGACACGUGAAGGGAGGCGUCAAUACAGCGUUGGUCACUCUAUAAUAAAUACUGUUCUUGAGACAGCUGACAGCUCAGAUGAAGAUGAGGUACUAGAGGAUGCCCUUCGAGCAGUUGUCCCGCGCUAUACCAGUCUCUUCCCUGUUCGUUAUGAGGAUAAGACUUACAAUGUAGGUUCUCGCGACGAGGCGCUUGCACAGCAUUAUGUGAGUCAUCGAGAGAAAUAUGGUCUAGGAAAUGCCGAAUCUCAAUUAGGGAAAGGAUUUGGUUUGCCCCCAGUAUUCUCGCCCUUAACAGGAACUUUGCAUCGACUAUCGUAUGGCAAAACUGAAAUUGCGAGACCCAGCGCGCCGAAUGAGCUUUUGGCAACGAUUCCGUCUGUAUCGCGUCGCAGGAGCGUAAAUGGGAGACGUGUAGGACGUGCCUCCCUUUAUUUACGUAGGACCUCUGUAUUCCGCGGUCGUUCCAGGUCGCUUCGGGGUCUCAAGGAAAAGCGGAAAAAAAAGGGAAAGAGAAAAGGGCGACGCAGCCGCAGUAGAAAAUCUCGCUCUCGUAGCUCCAGUUCCAAACGCCGGAAAAGCAGUAGGGGUCGACCACGAUCGAGUUCGUUUAGUCGGCGAAAGUCGCGGGGUGGAAGCGCAAGACCGAUGUCAGCGGUAGUCGACGCCCCGAAUGGAAGCGGAGACGAGAGAUGA